CAAAGCAAUCAAUUCGGCAUUGUGUUCUACUGCUGGAAUUAUCAGUGUGUCUCUAGCUUUGGUAGCGUUCAGAACCCGGUCAAUGUGAAUUUUACACGCGAUGACCUUGACUUUGCGAAUGCCUUAGUUGAUUGUUGUGGGGCGAAAUAUGACGAUAGCUUAUCUUUUACUAGCUUUGGCGAUGACUUCGCGAUUUUGUCAAUCUUUACCGGUCCCAGAUGACGCUCCGAUGGUGACGCUGCCGAAUCUGGGAACACUACGAGGGUCGACUACGAGAAGUGCAUUCAGUGGGCGAAAGAUUUUACAAUUUCUCAGCAUCAAAUAUGGAGAAUCGACAGCAGGGGAAUUUCGUUUCAAGGCUCCUCGAAAAGUCACUGGUUGGACCGGUGUGCGUGAUGUGUCACAGUAUGGUUUACCUUGUCCACAGUUGAAGUUAGAGUCAAUGUUCACAAACCUGCCAGCCGGAUCGGAUAUCGAGGACUGCCUUUCGCUGUCUGUCUAUAGCACGGAGCUUUCAGGCAGUAAACCGGUGAUGUUCUUUAUUCACGGCGGAGGAUUCUACGAAGGAUCUGGCGCCAAUCAAACUCCUGAAUAUCUGUUAGAGAAAGACAUUGUUCUGGUGGUGGUGCAAUACCGACUCGGUCCACUGGGAUUUCUUUCGCUCAAAACGGAAGAAAUACCCGGAAAUGCAGGACUCCUGGAUAUCAAAUUAGCCCUCGAAUGGAUGCAGGAAAACAUCAUGUUUUUUGGUGGGGAUCCAGGAAACGUCACACUGUUCGGCCAAUCGGCAGGUGCUGCUGCGGUGUCAGCUUUGAUGUAUAGCCCUUUGGUUCCAGACAAUCUCUUCCACAAAGUGAUUCUGCAGUCAGGUGCUUCCAGUUUACCGUGGGUGUGGGACGAUUCCCCAUUGGAACAUACGAAAGAGCUUGCCGCCAUUGCUGGAUGUGAUCCGAAUGCUGAGACGCCCAACGAAAUUGAAAUGUCACUGCACCAUGCAGAAAGUUGUCUUCGAAAAAUGGAUAUUUGGCUUCUGCUAAGAAGCUUCAAUGAUCAAAAGAAUCGCACAUUCAGAACCCUUGGUAUAUCAAAAAUCGGUGGAAACCGACUGACGGUGGACGAUUUUCAUGGUCUGCUUCCGCAAAAACCUUUGACACAGAUAUUGCACUGGAAAGCUGGUCUCAGCCGUCCAAUGAUGGCUGGUGUCGUCAAACACGAAGGAACGUUCAUACUGACCGGAGUUUAUGACGCAUUGAAAAACGGAGGGCUCCUGGAUAAUUCUGUUUUUAUCAAGCAUGGUUUGCUGGAACGAAUUAAUCGCAUUCUCGGGUCGAAUGAUUCUACUGGUUCGCUUACUGCAUAUGAAAUUAGGUCGUUGUUCAGCUCACAACAGAUAUCUAGCGGGAGAUUCGAAGACAUGGUCGACGGUUUGAUAGACCUUUCCGGGACGAUGACUAUCAAAGCCGGUCUUUUGCGGGAAGUCCAAGCGAGCAGUCAAACGAAUCCGAACGGUACAUAUUUGUAUUCGUUCGAUUAUAAGGGUGAAAAGACACGAUUUGGGUACGGAGCUAACACAUCCCAUUACCCGUUCGACGGCGGAGUUCAUCAUUCCGAUGAUCUGAUGUACCUGUUUCCCUAUCCUCCCGGGCAACCGAAGCUAAACGAACAAGACUCCAAAAUGGCACAGAUGAUGAUUGACCUGUGGACAAGUUUCGCCAGUACUGGAACCCCGAAGAGUAGUUUGGCCGGAGCGGAUUGGAAACCGAUGACCGAGUUCACCGGACCGUAUCUUCAUAUUGACGAAAAACCAACGAUUGGUUACAAUUUUUACGAUGAAUUCUCAGUGGUCAGUGAUGAAAAACGGAAAACGAGAAAAUCGAGCUGAACUACUCCAAUGAUUGAAAAUGCGGAGGGAAUUCCGAAUAUGAAAUAAGAUAGUAGAAAAAAGUUUUUGAUGUUAUCAUUUGUCUGUCGGAAGGUUUUUAUUUAUUGUACUGUAGUUUGGAACAGGUUUCUAAUGAUAAAUAAGUAGGCAAACAAGUUUUAAUUGAAAUAGGAAAAGUAAUAAAAAUUCACAGCAACAUCGA